UAAAUAAAAAAACAGGAAGAGAAAAAAACACUAGUUUCUGCCCCGGUUACUUUAGGUGGGAUGUGUAUGGCUUCUUGUUUGCUCAAUUACAAAUCAAAGCUCUCUUGAAACCCAAAAAGAUUCUCUCCAACAAACAGCCUGUGAAUAAAAAAGAAAAGCACAGAUCCACUCCCAAAGAUCGGAUCUUUUUGAAGGUUCUUGUUUCACUCAUCUGGAAAGUUCCAGGCUUUAACAAGAAAUGUCACAGAAACAUCUUGAAUCAUCACGAAACUCGAUCGAAUCUUGCACCUUACAGCUCCUCUCAUGGCGUCCAUUUCACCGCUCCAAAACCCUAGACCCAUCUGAACAGCCCCAGUCACAGAGCCCUUACGGCGGCUCCAUCUCCACCAAACGCCCUUGCUUCUCCGAUCGCUCCACCACUUCUUUCUCCAUCGAAGCUAUGAGCCGUCUCUCUCUCGCCGACGAAGACAAGCUCUCAGCUUCCAAUUGCAACAGUAAGGGGAGUUUCCGCUUAGUAGCGAGGAAGCGCCGGCGUCGCAAUUCUAGAUCGGUGUCUGGUCGGAGUAGCGAUCGGAGCGGGACUCUGAGAUGCUGCUCCAUCGGAGCUCACGGGACUUGCUCUGAUUUUCCGUUUGCUGUCGGUACGGAUUCGAGCGGUGAGCUGUUUAGCGAAGCGAAUUGGGCUUCCGAUGUGAGCGAGGCACGGAGAUCGCGGCAAGAGCGGCGGGAUUCCGGCGGAGAGAAGGAAGCUUCCGGGUUUGGGUUCCCCGUUGGUGUCGACCCGAUGGGGAACGAAUCUGGGUACGGGAGUGAGCCUGGGUACAGAGGAGAUGUUGAGUUUGGUUAUGGUGAUGAGUACGAUGAUGAAGAAGAAGACGUGAAGCCAUUGUUUUGGGGAGAUUCAACUGUGGAGAUGUCUGGUGAUGCGAAAUUCUCAGAUAGUAAACCUCAGUUCAGGUGCCGCAGGAGACGACAACAUGACUACAAAACUGUUGAUUCCAUGAGAUAACACACAUUGGCACACACAUAAGACAAGUUGGACUUCGGUUCACGGCCAAAGCUUUUUCGGCCCAAUUCCAUGAGAUAACACACAUUAAUUAGCACACAGACAUUCUUUCAAGACAAGCGGGUCUUAUUGGAGGAACUUUCCAUGUAUUUUUUUUAACUUUUAACAAGACCUGGAAAUUUAAGAGCUUCUUCUCUAGCAAAUUUUUUUAUAUAUAUGUGUAUAGUGGAUCUGUAUUUGUUUUAGGUAGCUUCCUAAAAAACUCCAUGGUUAAUAUUUUGACUGAUCUAAUCACCAAAGUAUAUCGUUGGUUUCA